GACGCAGCCGCGCGCGGGGUGUUUCCUGCGCUAAAGGGACGCAGCCGCAGUCCGUCUGGUUCCUGUAGAGCAGCUCCUGCUCAGACUGAAGUUAACUGAACCAAAACAACUUGUUAGAAACUUGCUUCCUGUUGCUGAGGUGUCAUUAUCAGUCACACAGACAGCUCGCAUCGACACGGAGUGGACAAAAUGCCCACGGUCUCUAAAGGAGAUGGAAUGCGUGGACUUGCCGUGUUCAUCUCAGACAUCAGGAACUGUAAAAGUAAGGAGGCAGAAGUGAAGAGGAUAAACAAAGAGCUAGCCAACAUCCGCUCCAAAUUUAAAGGAGACAAGGCUCUGGAUGGAUACAGUAAAAAGAAAUAUGUCUGCAAGCUGCUCUUCAUCUUCCUUCUGGGCCAUGAUAUCGAUUUUGGACACAUGGAGGCCGUCAACCUGCUGAGCUCCAACAAAUACACCGAGAAACAAAUCGGCUACUUGUUCAUCUCAGUGCUGGUGAACUCCAACAGUGACCUCAUCCGUUUGAUCAACAAUGCCAUUAAGAAUGACCUGGCGAGCCGCAAUCCCACCUUCAUGAACCUGGCUCUGCACUGCAUCGCCAAUGUGGGGAGCAGAGAGAUGGCUGAGGCGUUUGCUUCGGAAAUUCCCAGGAUCCUGGUGGCGGGGUUCGGAGUAGUCACCGCAGCCACCAGCCUCAUCACCACUCUGGCCCAGAAGAGUCCUGAUGACUUCAAAACCUCCGUGUGUCUGGCUGUGGCCAGGCUCAGCAGGAUCGUGACUUCUGCGUCCCUCGACCUGCAGGACUACACCUACUACUUUGUUGCUGCGCCGUGGCUGUCGGUCAAACUGUUGCGCCUCCUGCAGUGCUACCCUCCCCCCGAGGACGCAGCGCUGCGGAGUCGUCUGACAGAGUGCCUGGAGACCAUCCUCAAUAAGGCUCAGGAGCCACCCAAGUCCAAGAAGGUACAGCACUCCAACGCCAAAAACGCUGUCCUGUUUGAAGCCAUCGCCCUCAUCAUCCACCAUGACAGCGAACCCAACCUGUUGGUCCGAGCCUGCAACCAGCUGGGCCAUUUCCUGCAGCACAGGGAGACCAACCUCCGUUACCUGGCCUUGGAGAGCAUGUGUACGCUGGCCAGCUCCGAGUUCUCCCACGAGGCUGUGAAGACGCACAUAGAGACUGUCAUCAACGCCCUGAAGACUGAGAGAGACGUGAGCGUCCGCCAGCGGGCCGUUGACCUGCUCUACGCCAUGUGUGACCGCAGCAACUCCAAGCAGAUCGUAGCAGAGAUGCUGAGCUAUUUGGAGACGGCAGACUACUCCAUCAGAGAGGAGAUCGUGCUGAAGGUGGCGAUCCUGGCAGAGAAAUAUGCGGUGGACUACACCUGGUACGUAGACACCAUUCUCAACCUGAUCCGCAUCGCUGGCGACUAUGUGAGUGAAGAGGUGUGGUACCGUGUGAUCCAGAUCGUCAUUAACCAGGACGACGUCCAAGGCUAUGCUGCAAAGACUGUUUUUGAGGCCCUCCAGGCUCCAGCCUGUCAUGAGAAUCUGGUGAAGGUGGGAGGUUACAUUCUUGGGGAGUUUGGAAACUUGAUUGCUGGUGACCCACGGUCCAGCCCUCUGGUCCAGUUCAAUCUUCUUCAUUCCAAGUUCCACUUGUGUUCGGUACCAACUCGGGCUCUGCUGCUCUCAGCUUACAUCAAGUUCAUCAACUUGUUCCCGGAGGUUAAAGGCACGAUCCAGGAUGUCCUCCGUUCAGACAGCCAGCUCCGCAACGCUGAUGUGGAGCUACAGCAGCGAGCUGUGGAAUACCUCCGGCUCAGCUGCAUCGCCAGCACAGACAUACUGGUUAGCAGCACCAGAGCCAAGGGCUCAGGGAAGCAUGACUUAGGUCACGUUUUCUACGAGCGAUUUACCCAAUCUGUGCAAAACUGUGAUCUGAUGAUGUUCCUCCUGCAGAGUCCCAGCCUCGGCUUUAACGACGCACUGAAUCUAAACUCCACCCCUUCAUCAGGAGCCAGUCUGCUGGUGGACGUCUUCACUGACCUCUCUAAUCCUGCUCCCACUGAGGGGUCAGAUGAGCAUUUUACCAGGUUUGUGUGUAAAAACAACGGUGUCAUCUAUGAGAACCAGCUUCUGCAGAUUGGACUGAAGUCUGAGUACCGUCAGAACCUCGGUCGUAUUUAUGUUUUCUAUGGCAACAAGACGUCCACACAGUUCCUAAGCUUCUCCACGUCGGUGACCAGUAAUGACCUCCUCAGCACUCAGCUGAACGUUCAGGUGAAGCCUGUGGAUCCGCUCAUCGAGGCCGGAGCUCAGCUCCAGCAGAUCCUGAACAUUGAGUGUGUGUCGGAUUUCUCAGAGGCUCCUGUGCUCAACAUUCAGUUCAGAUACGGCGGAACAUUGCAGAACAUCACAGUCAAACUGCCUGUGAUGCUAAAUAAGUUUUUCCAGCCCACUGAGAUGACGUCCCAGGACUUCUUCCAACGUUGGAAGCAGCUCGGAGCCCCUCAACAAGAGGUGCAGAAAAUCUUCAAAGCCAAAAACCAGAUGGACACAGACGUUGCCAAAGCCAAGCUGUUGGGCUUCGGCGUGGCUCUGCUGGAUGGCGUGGAUCCCAAUCCUGCUAACUUCGUCGGGGCUGGAAUCAUCCACACUAAGACCACUCAGGUGGGCUGCCUGCUCAGGCUGGAGCCCAACACACAAGCACAGAUGUACCGCCUCACCCUGCGGACCAGUAAGGAGUCUGUAUCUCAGCGGCUGUGUGAGCUGCUCUCAGAACAGUUUUAGACCCACAUGGAUUCUUUUACACUUUUCUUACUUCACAUCAGAAAUGUCAUAUUGUACAGUGAACGUGUUGUUUUACUUGCUUCUUAUCUGAACUGAUUAGUAUUUUUUUUUAUUUUUUUGCACAAAGCUCCAUUGAAGCCUGACUGCUUUAAAGCUUCCAGUGUUUGUGUCCCACUGAGCCUCAUCUUGCUGCUGCUUGGUGAUGAGGAGGAGUUUCUGCUUCUGGAGAUCCUCCAUCUUUGUUCUGUGGCGUUAAACUCGGCUGUUACACGAUCGCUCUGCACUCGGUGCCUUAAAGGAACGGAUCACAUCAGAAGCCAGAACAGUUCAACAUGUUUUAAAACAGGAGGAACGUUUGUUCAGAGAAAAUCCUCAGUUUUGUUUCCUGUUUGGGAAUCUUUGGUGACCCAGAAUAUUUUCUAAUUAUUAAACUAAGACUCAGAUGUUUGUAAAACGGCUUGAGAUCAAACAAGAUGGAGGCCUGUUUCUCUAUGGGAUCAAUAAUUAUUUAAAAAAUUCAGACUUUUUGAAGAUGGGUUCUAUUGGGAAGUUUUGAGCAGUCAGUAUUUUGCCUGCAGGUUUCCGUAGUAUUGACCAGAGGCAGGAAGUCCGCCGCCUUAACGGCUCCACUGAACCCCGACUGGUUCAUCCACAAAGGCCGCCUGCACCCAGAGCUGAUGGGAAAACACUAACAAAGAAAGGCUGCGUAUUUAUGCUAUUGAUGCAUCGAUUUCUGGCCGGUCUGAGCUUUAAAAAGCCUGAUGGACCGGUUCGAUAUUGAACAAUACAGGUUGGAUACAAUAUUCCAAUCUAAUCUCACUGAUCAACAUCAGUACCUGUGGAGCAAUCAAAACUUCUCUAAUAUCAACCAAAGUUUAGAGCAAUGACAGGAGGAUUUUCAGACUUGUCGAAAUAUCGAUCUAAUAAAGUUCAGGAAAUCGAGGCUGAUCGGCCGAUUCAAUCGGUGCUCUGAUAAUUUAUAUUUUUAGUUCUGUCUCCUGCUUCCAGCUGCUUGUUUCUGAUCCCAAAGCUACCGAAUCGCUGCCUUUUGCUUCUGAGAAAAUGAUACUAGCAAACAUCUGGGAAUAUUUUUAGGUGAUAAAAGUUAAAACAGAUUAAAGCUCAGCUGCCUCACAGAUCGGUACCGGACAUGUAGGAAUGUCUGACUUCCAGACGUCGUCUCUGCUCGCCGAGCUUUAAUACCGACGUUAUAAAUGUGAACUUUGAGUGGUUUGAUUGCUUUAGCCUGACUGAGCAGCAUGCUGGUUGGUCGGAGCUCAAACUUCUGAACGGAGCCGAUUCUGGGAGAAGAACCACUGAUGAGGUGAUGGUCAUGGAAAGGUCUGGAAGUACGGACAGAAACCUGGACCGUCUGACUGAAUCUGACAUUAAAUGAAUCACUUUGAAAAGGAAUUUCAUUCAAAGGAGUCUGAAUUUUCUGGAUUUAUAAUUCAUUUUUUAGACUAUUUCAUUUUAAAAACUACAUUUAACUAAAAAAAAAAAUCAUUAGAAAACAGGUUUUAGUCAAAUUCAGUUUCUGACGGUGCUGAUUUCUGAUCGUACUGUAAAAAUGAACAACCGAUCCAUGUGAACCAUUUAUUUGUUUAAGCCAGUAAUAAAAACAGAAACAAAAGAUGAAAUAAAUAAACCUGGGAACUGAUUAAGAUUUAAAGGGAAAAAUAAUAAAAUAGUUUUCAAUCGUUUUCAGGAUGACAAACAUUUGCUCAAAGCCUAACGAGCUGAAAGGAUCCUGUUAAGGAGUGAAAGUCAUCAGAGGCGUUUUGUUCUUCCUUCAUUAAAGGUGCCUUACUCCUCGCUUUAUGUGCCUGAAAAUAAAGGAAACAAAUGUGCUGGAAAUGAGACAGGAGCUGAUGGUUGGAUAUGAUGUCACUCUGAGGUUUUUUCAAAAUAAAGUUU